UUGUUUGUAUCUGCACCAUGUUUCUACAGGCAAGAGGAACUAAUCUGUCAUGUGUCCGGACCUGUGUGGUGGUUGCAGAAGAGCGGCCACGAAUUUCUCUCACCCAGUCCUUCUCCAAACUUUUCAAAGACAUUGGCCUGUCAUCUCGUGCUGUGAGCACCACCUUUGGGUCAAGAGUCAACGUAGCUAUCUGUUUACAGGGAACAUCUGGGCCUGACCCUACCACAGUGUACGUAGAUCUGAAAUCCUUAAGACAUGACAGAGUGCGUUUGGUAGAGAGGGGAGCUCCACAGAGCCUGCUGCUUUCAGAAUCUGGGAAGAUUUUGCCUGGAGUCAAAGUGAUUAUUGUCAAUCCUGAGACCAAGGGACCUGUUGGAGAUUCUCACCUUGGAGAGAUUUGGGUGAACAGUCCCCACACGGCCAGUGGUUACUAUACCAUCUAUGAUAAUGAAUCCCUUCAAGCUGAUCAUUUCAACACUCGUCUGAGCUUUGGUGAUGCCGCUCAGACACUUUGGGCUAGAACUGGAUACCUUGGCUUUGUUCGCCGGACGGAGCUCACAGCUGCCAGUGGAGAUCGCCAUGAUGCACUGUAUGUCGUAGGAGCACUGGAUGAAACUUUGGAGCUGAGAGGACUCCGUUAUCAUCCAAUUGACAUAGAGACUUCAGUAUCUCGGGCACACAGGAGCAUUGCUGAAUGUGCUGUGUUCACAUGGACCAACUUGCUGGUGGUAGUUGUGGAGCUGUGUGGCUGUGAACAGGAAGCCCUGGAUUUAGUCCCUUUAGUUACCAAUGUGGUUCUGGAAGAACAUUACCUAAUUGUGGGAGUUGUGGUGGUGGUGGAUCCAGGAGUUAUUCCCAUCAAUUCCAGAGGAGAAAAACAACGGAUGCAUCUCCGUGACAGUUUCUUGGCUGAUCAAUUAGAUCCCAUCUAUGUGGCGUAUAACAUGUAAUGGGGUAGAGGGGAUAAUGUUCACAAACUUUGUAGUACCAGUAAAAUGACCAAUGGUCACUAUAGAAAUGAAUCUGGUGAAAAGUACUAAUACUUGAUGUAAAGUUUGUGAUCGCUACUGUAUUCCCGUCAUUUCAUCCUGUGGGAUUAUGAUCACAUGAACAACUAAGGGUCAAAUGGAAAUAUGGUAGACAAUGGAAAAUAUUUGUAACAGUUUACUGAAUAUUAGCUUUAUAGACAAUGCAAAGUUGACAAGUGUGUGAGUUACAAAAUUCCUAAGACCUUUAUGGUAGUGUCACUUUUUUCAUCUGUUGUACAUAUUUGUAUUUUUAUCUCAUACUGUUUUAUGAUUCUAUAAGGGGAAGGUUUAUUUACUUAAGAUAAUAAACUAUUAAGAAAAGAGUAAUCAGUCCUGCAGUUCCCCAGUAUAUAAUGUACUUUGCAACUGUACUGUAGCUAUUCGUUCCAUGGGAUCUCACUGCUUAUUUAUAAUUGUGCCAUGACCAAAUCCAAUAACCCCCUAAAAGAAAGAAUUACUUACUCGUAUAGAUAUUUCUUUAAUUUAAAAUGGAUUUUGCCUAUAUUUUUAAAAUGUAAAUAUUAAUAUACAUAAUUCACUUAGAAAAUUGGCUUAAGUAAUGAUGACAUCUGAAGUAGAGGACUGUAAUUUUUGAAGUCCUUAACAGAAAUUACACUUGGUUAGGCAACUAAUGUGAGAAAUGCAAAUCUUACAAAAGUUUUCUUAAUUCAGUAUGUAUGUAGUCUUUUAUUGCUGGCCAGAAUGUCAUAGUAUGUAGAAGCCUAUGUUUUUAAAUCACAUCUUUCUAAAUGAGGCUGAAGUAUUUAAGCUUUUGAAACAUUAAAAAUAAAAUAAAAUUUUGAUAGUAACUGUAUUGCAUCUCCAGAAUGCUUAACUGAAAUUUGUACACUUGUGUGACAGCCUCGGUUUCCCCUCGUUAUGGAGCUUUGUGUUUAAAAAAAACAAAAGCUACGAUUAUGGCACAGAUUGACAAAAAUAAUUAAAUUCAUUGCUGGGAUUGUGGCUCCAUCCUUAAUUUAUUCCACAGUGUGCCCACAGUUAUAGCAGCAAAUGUAAUGUGUACAAGGGCUUUAUAUGGAAAAUACCCUGAAUUUCCCUGAGGCAUUCACCAGAAAGAAUUUGAUAAUUCUGGAAGGGAGUUGGCUGAAAUCAGCUAUGUGAUUUUUUUAUAAUGAGGGACAAAGUGGCAACGGAAAGCAAGGAUAACGUUGUUCUAGUGCAUGCAUAGUGAAAUAUCUUCAAAAAAAAAAGUCAAGAUUACAGCAUCCUGAAAUAGUUGGUCAGUUUGUGGCCUUUAUAAAUGCUGAAAAGCAGAAGCCUUAAAGUGUGCAAGAUGACCUACCAUUUGGAAAUUAUUGUAAUCCUCUGGCACAGUGGCUGAGGGCGAGACAAGGUUUCAGGAUCAACUAUUUUUCUUUCAUCUAACCUUUAGUUGGAUUUCUUGUUUUUGUUUUUUUUUCUCUUAUGUGAUUAAGAAAACAAAACUUUGAAAGCAUAGAAGAUGGGAUAGCAGAAAUUGUAACAGCUUUUUUGGGCCAUUUGUGGUCUGUUAUGUAAAUACAUGCUUAAAAUAUUUUAAUAUGUAUUAUUUACCCCUGUAACAAGUAUACAGUGUGUUUAGGUAAUUUUUAUAAAGGUAUAUAAUGUAAACUUGUAUAAAUCCAAAUCUAUAACAGCUAUAUUAAGUGCUGCUCUGACAGCCAUCUGUAAACAAGUCGUGGUUUUGUACUUGAAAUCCCCCUCCUUAUGAAUGCUUUAUAACAGUUCUUCAUUGAGGGCUGGAAUGUUAAAAUUCAGAUAUAAAGCUCUGAAUAUAUUCUCAAAAUAUUUAGGGCUAAUUUGCUUGUCAUAGAGGUGGAAGGCUAUAUCUUCAUUGACUAUGGCAGGUCUAACACAGGGAGAGAAUUCCUUACAAACAAGCAGCUUAAAUAUUUACUUUUCUAAAGAGUUGUUAAAUUCCUAGAUUUUUGAAGUAAGACCCUCGUGGAUAUUUUAAAACAACAGUAUUUCCACAGUCAUGCUGCUAGGUAGUUAUAAAGUGUACAAACCCUCCAUAUGAAUGUGGUUUUAACAGAUCCUCUGCAAAAAUAAGGAAAUGGACAACUGUGUCGUUGUUGCUGAUAAAAAUUAAAUGCCAGUGUAGAUCAGCUAGGUAACAGCAUAUAAAUUGCCUAUCACCAGCCUUGACCUCCUUGAGAGAUUCUCCCCUUUUUAUUACACACUUUCCUUGAAUGGCAAGAAUGAUUUGCAAUGCAGCUUCACUUUGUUCUCCUGACUUUUAAGAAGACAGUUUUGAAAGGCUUUUUUCAUAUCCUAGUUUACUUAACUUUUUAGAUGCAUUGUUUUGUCAAUUUUAAUUCCUUGUCCAUUGAGAGAGAACCAUAGCACAAAUCUAGAAACGUCUUUGAUUGGGUUUCUCCACUUAUGUAAUUUUGCAUUAAUAAAAAUUCACAAAUGUCUUGUGAUAUGAAUUUAAUCAAGGAUUGCUAAUACGUGCAGUUCAGAGUGACUUCUUAGAGUGGCAUUUUGGAAUUUUCAAUCUAGAAGGCUGAAGUUCUCUCUCUAAUACUGAAAAGCUCAGUAAUUUUUCUCCUCGGCUUGGAUUUCUAGAAGCUGAAUAAUUACAUUUUUAAAUUCUAAUGUAGUGUGAUUCUAAUUAACUGUAUUCUGAUCCAUACAUUUCUGUGAUUAGGGACUCAUGGAUUCAAAUUGUAAUCUAUGGUCUUUUUGUCCCCUAAGUGCCCAAGUCUUGUUUCCUGAUAAGUAGCGUAUAGAAGUGGCCAACUUUUAAAUUAUUGGAUGCUUCUGAGCGUGUUCAGCAAAAUAGGAAGAAGUGUGUGUUAGCAGAAUGAACAGGGGCUGGGUGUCAGGAAGUCCUGGAUUCUAAUAACAGUUUUGCUGCUGACGUGCUGUGUUGCCUUGGGCAAGUCAUUUCACUGCCUCAGUUGGCAAAUCUAUAGAUGGGGAUACAAGCUAAUCAUUACAAUGUCCCUGUAAAUAACUUGUUAUACAGCACUAAGAAUUAGUCGCUGAUGCCUCGAGUUUGGGAGCACAGUGAUUAACAACUCAUUUGAUUCAUUUUGGGAGAGUCUUGAGAUGUAACCAAUUCACCCUAAAAUAUUUUCUCAUUGUAAUAGGGAAGAAUUCCUGUAAGUGAAUGACUCUUGACAUUUAGCUUAAGGAACCUGGCUGGCCACCAAAGGCUUUGACAUUAGCUAUUCCUGUUCAGAGCUGGAUUUGCCUCCCCCCAUCAUGUAUGGGUACCCUUUAGAAUCCAGCAAGGAGUACAAAGGGGCAAACCUACUCAUGUUCAGCUCUCUACUCCAGUUUGGCUUUUUGCAGUUCAUCCAGUUGCAGAAGCAAAUAAAUGUCCCAUUAGUGUCCAUAUCAUGAAUCUUAAGUUGAGAGCUGCAUUGUACCCUGAGAACCGUUACUCCUGAACU